UCUCCAAGUAAUUAACACAUCACAGCAAAACUUAGUUAUUACAACACUCUCUUUUUUAAAUAAGUAUGAAGACUUCUCAUUUCCUUUUGGCACUCGCUGCAUUAGCUUUGGCUACUCAUCUUGCUUGUGCAUACGACCCAAGUCCUCUUCAAGACUUCUGUGUGGCGAUCGAUGACCCUAAAGAGAUGCUGUUUGUGAACGGGAGAUUCUGCAAGAAUCCUGAUAUGGUGAAGGCAGAAGACUUCUUCUUCUCAGGGAUCAACAUUCCAGGAAACACAGACAAUGCAGUGGGCUCCAACGUCACGGCCGUGUUUGUGGACAACCUUCCGGGGCUCAACACACUAGGAAUAUCCCUCGCGCGUAUCGACUUCGCCCCCUACGGACUGAACCCACCACACACUCACCCUCGUGCCUCUGAAAUCCUGUUCGUCGCUGAGGGAACUUUGUACGUGGGGUUCGUUUCUUCUAACCAAGACGGUAACAGACUCUUCGCUAAGCUUCUCAACAAGGGAGACGUCUUCGUCUUCCCCGUAGGAAUGAUUCACUUCCAGUUCAAUGUCGGAAAGACUCCCGCCUUGGCUUUCGCCGGCCUUGGGAGCCAGAAUCCCGGAGUCAUUACCAUUGCUAAUGCCGUGUUUGGAUCUGACCCUCCAAUUAAUCCUGAUGUUCUUGCUAAGGCGUUCAUGUUGGACAAGGAUUUGGUUCAGCAACUUCAGAAGAAGUUUGGGGCUUGAGCUCAAUGGAUCCCUAUAUACGUAAUUAAUAAAUAAUUGUUAGCUACUUAAUUAGCCAUUUGUCCAAACAUAUGGUUAUGUUAUGGAAUCAUUAUUACAUAUGCAGAUACAGCUGAUGGAUGGGUUUUAAUUGCCCAUGUGAUUGAUAAUCAUGGCGAUAACAAAAACUGAAUGAAUAAAAUGGUGUAUUGAUAUUACACUUAUGCAUGCCUUUCUCUUAUUUGCAUCCUAGACCUCAUAUGUAUUAAUUUUAUAUAUAUAAACCAAUGAAUUGUAUUACUUCAAACACCAAAA